CAGGAACUUAGGCACCUUCACUUUGUGGACUACCAUCUCUUCAACCAAGACUCUCCAGACGCUGACAAGCACCGAGACGACCUGCGGCGAGACUGGUGUCGUGACGAUACCGGCAUCGGUAAUCACAGUCUAUGGCAGCGAGGAUGUUGCCAAGCGCUCUGCGCCAUCAUCAAAUCCAGCUCUUGCCAAGGAGAAGCGAGCUCUUGGAUUGAAGCCAAGGGCUUGCGUGGUGACCGAGACUUCGUACACCACAUACGGGCAGACAUACACCUACAUCCCAGCUAGCCAAACGAGCACCUUCUUCGACUAUACCGCUUUCAGCCAGGCCACGGUGACGAGCACUAGAUCUGGAGUCACGGGCACUGCCUACGCGAUAGCAACGACCCACGAGACGAGCACGGUAAUGUGCGGCCCGACGACAAGCACAUCAACCGCGUCGACUUCUACUGUCUCGAUGGAUGCGAAGUGUUCGCCAGCUGCCAUGACGAGUGCUUACAAUGGUUACGGCAUCGAAUGGCUCUCAGACACGCCAGCCACGGGUGCAACGUACAAGACGAACACCAGCGACGCCUCAAAGUGCUGCCAGCUUUGUGCAACUUCGUGGCAAUGCGCGGCCAGCGCUUGGGACAUCAGAAGUGGCGAGUGCAGGCUGGAAUUCCCGACGGAUCCACUGACGACCGAGAUGAAUUGCGGCGAAGGCGUGCUGGCGUAUUACGACGCUGGUCCUGCAGAUCCAAUGUCUCCAGGAGCUGGAUGGUACGUCGCUCAAGUUUGUGGAAGUGCGAAUUUUGGCGCAUCGCAGCCCGAUGAUGGAUCAUGAGCACUGCAAGCUGCUUUCGAUGUCGCUCAGCGGGUUUCGGACUGAUGUGAUGUGUAGCAGCAAUGGGAGAGAGUCUGCAUUGCCACGAAAGACAGGCUUCGCGUCCGGGCCAGCAGGAGGAGGAGAUGUAAAGUAGUAAUAAUCAUGGAUGGCAUUUGUACAGCAUGGCAGAACGAAGACAAUGAUGAUGAGAUGAGUGACGUUCAGUAGUGAGAAGGGGUGGAUUUGACUUUGCUGGUCCCCGUCCCCGGAUGAAUCUUGUUUUGCCCGUGCUGCCGCGGUCCCACGGACCACGGAGAGCGGACGCGGAGCAUAGGGAGCAGAGUGGGCGCCAUGUAGCAUCAGGCUGUGUCGCUUGAUGAUGAAGCGGUCAACACUGACUGUCACCGCAAGCUUGGCAAAUGGAAGUGCUCAUGAUAAUG